CGCGCACAGAGAGCUGUGUUGACGUUCAACCAAGCUGCUCACGUUUGUAUUUGGGAGAAGAGAGAGCGCUACUGAAGUUACUGAAAGUGUGUCUGUGUGCAUAGGAAGCUUCAGUCGUUACACUGACGGACAAACAGGGAUUCACAAAAUGUCUUCCCCUGAGCCCAUCAUCAGAUCGAGACAGGCAGAAAAAGAAGUAAAUGGAAUUUCAACACAAGUCAUCUGUACAGAGUUCAGCAAUUACAUAUUUGUAGUUCUCACUCAGUACGGCAAAAUGGGGACAUUGAUAUCUGUCACACCUGACUCCAGAUCUAAUGAUAUCAGCACCCCAACGUUCUCCACCAAAGUACUGCUGGGCAAAGACGAGCCACUGACACACGUCUGUGCCAAAAAUCUCGCAACGUUCGUGUCACAAGAAGCCGCAAACAGGCCUGUCUUAUUGGGACUAGCACUCAAGGAUUCCUCCAUAGAUGCAAUAAAACAAAUGAAAGAGAUCAUCAAAAGUUGUCAAGUCUGGUAGGAAGUCAACAUAAUGGACAUGAAGCCUGAAUGCUUGAUGAAGUGCAGGCCAUCUGGAUGCCCCCAUUUUUCUCCUGCGUCAUUUUAAACGGAAAGGAUUUCACUGUUUACUAAAUGCCAAUCUGUGAGUUAAGAAAAAACCCCAAGGCUUGUGCUGGAAGACAGAUAUGUAUGAAUCCAAUUUCAGUGACUGAUCUUUUGAUUUGUUGAGACAGUGAAGAAUGUCUUGUGGAAAACAUAAUUUAGAGUUUAUCUGGUUGUAAAGGAAGAGUGUCUGCGAGCCACUGUGGUCUCAAACUUCAGAAUGUGCAUUGACUGAGUUAUACUUUGCAAAAUGAUGGCUAGGAGCACCAGUUUAUUCACUAUGAAAUAUGUAUUGACUUGACAGUUUUAGUUUGUUUUGAAUUUGUAAUACUUUAUGCUGUUUGUCAUUUUUAUAUUUCAGUGUGCAGAUAUUCUAAAUUGUUUCAUAAGGGUAAUUUGGAAAUAAAAAGGU